AUGGAAUGCGAGAACGUAAAGUUGGUAUUCGAGAAUACGGGAAGGGCUUGGAGGCGAAGGUUGAGAGAGGAGCGAUGGGCUCGGAUGAGCGUCAGGGUUAUUGAGGGUGAAGCAGACACAAGUGAGAGCGAUAUUGGGGAGCCAAUCAACAACAAUAAUGUGGUGCAUAAAUUGGAACACGAAGGAAACGUUGAAGAGAUGGAGAAAACACGUCUGAGGAAGACUGGAAUCGAGAGUGGAGAUGUUCACGAUGAAGAUGGAUGGAUUGUUGUGGACGAAACAAGAGGGUGA